GGUUUGUUACCGCCUGUUUGUUGCGCUAACAGAUGGUGGAGUGAGACUGCGUCUUCUGCCGUCGGAUGACGUCAUGCUGACGGCGAUCAAGACGGACGCGCGGGAAGUCGUGUCGCAGUUCGAGCUGACCGGAGUGGAGAUCCGGGCCGCCUUCCACUCCUUCGUGUCCAACACUGAAGGUUGCACAUUUUUCAAGAAGACGUGCGCGUACGAUAUCGAGAGGUGUGUGUUCGGACAUUUCACCGACUGUGAUGCCAGCGAGGAAUGCCGACGGUGCCGGAAGACAGUUGGGACCUGCCAGUCGGAGUUAAACAACUGCGCUCACUAUAACUCAGAUUCCAACGGCUACACGACGCUGGACGUGCGAGUCCAUCUGCGCCGCCUGCUGACCAGCUCCGUGCUGCGGGUGUUCGUGCCGUCCGCCGCGCUGGUCGUGUCGUCAUACCUGCAGCUGUGGAUGCCGCUGCGCAUCUCUGACGUCACCGGCAGGUUCACGCUGGGGGUCAUCCCGUACCUGGCCAUGAUCCACCAGACCAGCGUCGUAAUGAUGCCGUGGAUAUCAGAGGCAAGAGCUGUAGACUUCUGGUUCGAGGGGUGUCUGGCUGUUGUCACACUGAUGCUGGCGGAGACGGGACUGGUCCAUUUCAUCUACUGCUACCUCCUGAAGAAGGAGGAGCAGAAGGUCCUGGACAGGCAGCAGAACCCUCCGAUCAGGAUCCCCCGCCCGGGGUUCUCUGCCAGACCUGCCGGCAGCCUGGAGGAGCAGUUCGGCCACCAGCGUCCCGAGACCGUGCCCGCCGUCAGCGCCUUCGACAGGAUCAGCAGGCCCUUCAAGAUCCCCAGGCCGAAGCUGAAGAACCCGGGGAACGUCAUGUGGCACCGCCUGCCGGACGAGAGGUGGAUCGUCAUCCCCAGGCCUGAGGACAGGGAUGAGGAGGAGCAGGAACCGGCGCCAUCAAAGGGCAAGGGAAACAAGAAGGACAAGAAGCUUAAGAAAGCCAACAAGAAGGCAAACAAGAAGGCCAAGAAGGAAGCUAAGGCAUUCAACUCCCAGGGUCCUGAGUCGAUCCCACUGCCGAAAUUUGUCGAGGAAAUGAACAUCAGGAGACGGCGGCAGCUCGACCGCAACCCCGACGACGGCGACCAGGUGCACGUCGGCUGGGAGCUGACGGCGGGAGGAGGAGGAUGGAGGUCCGUGUACGGGACCGAGGAGGAGGCCGACGACAUCGCCAGGACCUGCAAACCCAUCCCCAGGGCCAAGCCGGUGAUCGGCCGCCCGCGGCUUCACGGAGACAGCGAUCCCACCAACCCCGUGGUCACCGUGCCGGUACCCCCGGAGUUCACUUCGUACGCCUUCCCGUCCAUCAUCGACCCUAAGGAAGAGGCAGAGAUGCAGGAGAAGGUGGAGACUGUGACGGGAAGGAUCGACAGGGUGGCCCGGGUAGUCUUUCCCGUGGUCUACGUAACCUUCUGUGCCGCCUUUUUUCUCUAUUUCUAUUUCAAUUAAAUAAUGUCAAUUGACAUUCGUGUGUGCUAUACAAAGUUUCCCACAAAUAGAUUAUGUCAGGACAUCAGAAAGGGAACUUAAGACCUAAUAUAUUUUACCAUCUCUGGAUAUGUACUUGUCAUUUUGUGGAUGGCAAUUUGGAAUGAGUUGUUUUAUUUUCACCAAACAAAAAUGCUGCACGGUAGGAAUACUGAUAACAGCCUGAGUAGCUAUUCUAUGUACAAGUGUGUUAUUUCUAAUUCAGCAAGAUGUUUUCUAAUGUAUAUAAAUAUUUUGCAUCAAUAUUAGUCAGGUAGAGAUCAAUCAAAGGCUAAUAAUGCACAAAAAUACUACUUGCAGAUGUGUUCGUCGUCGAUAGAACACAGAAAAAAAGCGUGCCACUAUUUUGUGGGCAUUGUGUGCAUUUUCUGUAAUUACCAGUAAUGAUAUAUCUUACUGUCCGUUGACUGCACAUGCAGACUGCAUGCAUUAUUGUUCAGUACUCUUGACUAAAGAGUAGAGUUGCCAUAAAUGUAUAAUAAAUUAAAUUGACAAAAUGCAAAAUGUUUCUGUGUUAGUGUUUUUUUUAUAUUAUUCUGCUAUUGUGCUAGUUUCUUUAGGUCCG